UCAUCGGGGAUUUUGGAAAAACAAUCAAAUAAUAUCCAGGGCACUCAACUCAAAUACACUCCAGCCAGCGAUGCCAUCUCUCCGAAUAAGGACCACCGAAAGUACUACUUGUACCACUACACCUCGCUAGACACCAAGGAGCCAGUCAGAAUUCCCCUCCGUGACGUUGACCAUUUCAUUGUUGGCCGAGAUGCGUCUGUGUGUGACAUUGUCCCUAAACAUUCAUCGGUCUCGAAGCAGCACGCUGCGAUCCAAUUCCGAAAGGUGGGGUCGGCUAUAAGACCGUAUGUGAUUGAUCUAGAGUCGAUAAACGGUACCUACUUGAAUGAGAAUGAGAAGGAGCUCCCUGUUGCUCGGUUCGUGGAGUUAAUCAAUGGCGAUGUAUUACGCUUUGGUGACUACGAAGGGGAGUUUGUCGUUGUC